ACAUGUCACACUUCCCCGGGGGUGACACUCACACCAGAACCGGAGAUGGGAUUCUCCCUUCGGUUUAAAAAAGCGAAUUGAGAGUUCGGUUUAACCGCAGUUCACAGCAAAGCUAUCACGCUCUUUAUUUAUUUAUUCAAGAGAAGAUGGCGGAGUUCUCGCCUGUCCUGCCGAUGCGGGAUGGAGGGGUACGGUUCGGCCAGCCCAUCUUUCCCCGGUCCAGAUCGGGUUCCGAGUCAGAAAGUGAACUAUCACAGAGCCUGGCCCGAACCAAGAUCCGGUCCUACGGGAGCACAGCCAGCGUUACGGUUUCUCUGGGGGAGAAAUUCAUUGAGCAUCGGGUUACUGACAGUGAUACGCUGCAAGGGAUCGCUCUCAAAUACGGUGUCACGAUGGAGCAGAUCAAGAGGGCCAACAAGCUGUUCAGCAAUGACUGCAUCUUCCUGAGGAACAGUCUUAACAUCCCUGUUGUAUCGGAGAAACGCUCCAUAUUUAAUGGACUGUCUCUUGAGUCUCCCGACGGGGAUGGGGAAGCAAGCUCACAGGUACCUGACUUUCCCUGUGUGACACAGGAUAUUGAGGAACCCUCGCCACCCCCUUCUCCACCCCAUGAGGACUCCAACCCCCUCCAGACCCAUCCAGAGGAACUGUCAGCCAAAGACUUCUUACAUAGACUGGACUUGCAAAUUAAACAGUCAAAACAGGCAGCGCGUAGGCUGAAAGAGGAGGAAAUAAGGGACAGUGAAUCCGACUACACGGCCCCCACUACAUCCUACCAAGAAAUCUGAAGGACAAGUCUGUUUACCGUGAAGCCUUGUCACGAACACAGACACAGACACAAACACACAUGCACACAAUUAUACAUCUCAACCUUGUCGCAUCUAUCUUUUUAUAUUUUGCUUUUACCAAAACGAGGAUGUACUGAGGACAUCCUCUUUGCCUUUUGUCCGUUGGUUUGUGUCAUGCUGUUGUCCCAUCAUGGUGUUAUUAUGCAUAUUGUUAUUUUUGCUGUUUUGCAUGGUUUUAAUCGGAGACAUACAGAGCAAAAUAAUGCCUUGUCAAAGAAGCAUCUUCAACAUGUACCCAGGCAUGCUUGCAAAGCUACUGUAUAGCAAGCCCUGCUGCCAUAUAGUUACAUGCACACAUGCAAACACAUGCACACACACUCCAUGUGAAGCAAAGUCAGGAGGAUUAGCUUGAUAGACCUGCUAACAGCAUCUGACGCUCUAAAUCCCACUCUUAAAAUAGUAUCAGUACACACGGAAAACAUAUUCGGUCCCUCCUCCCUUGUGUUAGACCUCUGAAUGAGUGACUACUCCCUUACCAGAAGCUGUGGAUGGACUCAAGCCUUUUCAUUUGUCUUAUUUACCUGAAAGAAGCUUUUCUUUGGGAACAGAAGGGACUGUUUUUGUUUUGUUGUUUUUUUGUGUGUGUGUGUGUGUUUGAAGUGUGAAUGUAUUAUUUAAGUGUGGAAUACUGUGUCUGAAACAGCUGUUUUACUGUGCUUAUUUUACAUAAGUUUUUUUUUCCGAGGGAGAAUAAAUAUAUAUUUAA